GAGAAAGUAGAGGACGGACACCUCGACGCGCUGCGCUCCAGGAGUUAACAGAGUUCCCCGCGCUACGCUGAAGUCCGCUUUCCCCUCUUUUCACCACACAGAUGCGUCUCUCCAUCAGAAGUUAGCGGCGCAGCUUGGUUUAUCUCCCCCAAAAAACUUUGCUCCUCGGACCUGGAUCGAGCCGACAGGUGGAGAUGAUGAUGAUGAUGGCGAACGGACCGGCGUCCACCGGCGGGGCAGCGCUCUUCCUCGCGCGGCUGAUCGGGCUGUUGGCGACUUGCUGCCGCUUCGUGUCGGUCCAAGAGCUGCCGAACACCGGCCUGAACGGGUACAGUUUGCACCCGCCGUACUUUAACCUGGCUGAGGGCACCAAGAUCACCGCCACGGCGACUUGCGGGGAGGACGAGAACGGCAGGAGCGUGCGCGACCUGUACUGCAAGCUGGUCGGAGGCCCGGUGUCAGGAGACCCGGGCCAGACCAUUCAGGGCCAGUACUGUGACAUCUGCAGCCAGGGGGAGAGUGAUCGGGCCCAUCCCAUCACCAACGCCAUUGACGGGACAGAGCGAUGGUGGCAGAGCCCGCCUCUGUCCCGCAGCACGGAGUACAACCAAGUGAACGUCACCCUGGACCUCGGACAGCUCUUCCAUGUGGCCUAUGUGUUAAUAAAAUUUGCAAACUCUCCCCGUCCGGACCUUUGGGUUUUGGAGAGAUCUACUGACUCCGGGCAGACCUACCAACCCUGGCAAUACUUUGCCUCACAUAAGAGCGACUGUAUUGAGUAUUUUGGACAAAGGACCAUUGAGAGAAUCAACUAUGACAACGAUGUCAUCUGCACCACCGAAUACUCCCGCAUAGUUCCCCUUGAAAACGGAGAGAUUGUAGUGUCACUGGUGAAUGGUCGUCCCGGGGCCAUGAACUUCUCCUACUCACCAGUGCUGAGGGACUUCACCAAGGCCACCAACAUCCGGCUCCGCUUCCUGAGAACAAACACGCUGCUGGGACACCUGAUGGGCAAGGCGCUCCGUGACCCCACCGUCACCCGCAGGUAUUACUACAGUAUCAAAGACAUCAGUAUUGGAGGACGCUGUGUGUGUAAUGGACAUGCUGAAGCCUGCAACGCCAAGGACCCUAACAACCCUUACAAGCUGCAGUGCGACUGUCAACACAACACCUGCGGCGUGUCUUGUGAUCAGUGUUGUCCAGGAUACAACCAGUUUCCAUGGAAACCUGCUACGACCUACAACGCCAAUGAGUGUGAACCGUGCAACUGUCAUCGUCAUUCGUUUGAGUGUUACUACGACCCAGAGGUUGAUCAGAGGAGAGGCAGCCUGGACAUCAACGGACACCACCAUGGAGGCGGAGUCUGCUUAAACUGUCAGCAUCACACCACAGGAGUCAACUGUGAGCGCUGCAUCCCCAAUUAUUACAGGUCACCUGACCACUCCAUCGACUCCCCACUGGCCUGCUCACCCUGCAACUGUCAGUCCAGGUUUACAGAUGGUACCUGUGAGGAUCUGACUGGUCGCUGCUUCUGUAAACCAAACUACACCGGAGAGAACUGUGACUCAUGUGCCAGUGGCUAUAUGAACUUCCCUGAUUGUUACCCCAUUCCCACAUAUCCCACCAACAACAACAAUGGUGAAGCCAAACCAGCUGGAGAAAUCAUAAACUGUGAGUGCAGCGCUGCAGGGACAGUGGAUAACUCCUGCAGGCCAGAUCCUCGGACUCGAACCUGCAUCUGUAAACCGGGAUUCACUGGAGACCACUGUGACACCUGCGCUCGGGGUUUCUACGGACCCAACUGUCAGGGCUGUCAGUGUUCGGGUCCGGGCUGUCUGGAUGGGUCAUGUGACUUGGUCACUGGACAUGGAAUGUGUCGGGCCGGUUUCCAGGGUUACCACUGUGAUCAGUGCACGCCUGGUUACUUCAACUACCCGCUCUGCCAAUUGUGUGGCUGCAGUACAAUCGGCUCUCUGCCCAAUCGCUGCGAUGCUGCUGGUCACUGUCUGUGCAAACCGGAGUUUCAGGGCCCCCGAUGUGAACAGUGCAGAUCUGGAUUCCACUCCUACCCCAACUGUCAAGAGUGCGCCUGUGAUCCGCGCACAUCGAUGGACACCAGCUGCACCGCGUCAGGGAUUUGCCACUGCCGGCCCAACUACAGCGGUGCAUCAUGUGACCAGUGCGCUCCCGGUUACUAUGGCUACCCAAGUUGCACUCCCUGCCAUUGCUCUGCAGAGGGAUCCCGCUACACGCGCUGUGACCAGGGGACAGGACAGUGUGUGUGCCUGCCCAGUGUGGUGGGACUGAGGUGUGACAGCUGUGCACACGGCUCCUACGGCUUCCCCAACUGCCAAGCUGGUACCUGCCACCCUGCUGGUUCUGUUCCCAGUGCAGCGCUGCCACCAGCGAGUCACUGUGAGUGUCGUCGUCACGUGGAGGGCCCGGCUUGUGACAGAUGUAGACCUCUGUACUGGAACCUCUCCCAGGAUACUCCUCAUGGAUGCUCCAACUGUGAGUGUAACGUUGCAGGGACAAUAAGUGGUGUUGCUGAAUGUGCACAGGAAACUGGUCAGUGCCACUGUAAGCCUAACGUCUGCAGUGGAACCUGCUCCACCUGCAAAGACGGCUACUCUAACCUGCAGGAUCACAACUACUUUGGCUGCCAGGGUUGCAAAUGUGAUAUUGGAGGUUCAGUCGGUCAGUCCUGUGGAGACCGAAAUGGUCAAUGUCACUGCAGACCCAACGUGGAGGGACAGAAGUGCAAUUUGCCUCGUCCUGAUCAUUACUUUCCUGACCUCCACCAUCUGAAGUUUGAGAUCGAGGAGGGAAUGAUGCUGGAUGGCCGACCGGUGCGGUUCGGCUACAACCCACUGGAGUUUCCAAACUUCAGCUGGAGAGGUUAUGCUCAGAUGUCCCCCAUUCAGUCCAAGGUGUUGGUGUCGGUGUCGGUAACCUCUCCAGACCUCUUCCAUGUGGUGCUGCGUUAUGCCAAUAGGGGUGGUUCGCAUGUGUGGGGCCGAGUGUCGGUCAUAGAGGACACUUGGAAGUACUUCUGUGGUAACUGUUCAGAGCAGUCCAAGCAGAUUUUCUUUGCUCCCAGCGUGCAGCCGACCUUCGUCAAUGUUCCCCAGAACAACUUUGUAGAGCCUUUUGUGCUGAAUCCGGGAAGCUGGACUGUCGUAAUCGAGGCUGAGGGGAUCCUGCUGGACUACCUGGUUCUGCUCCCCAGUGCCUACUACGAAGCUCCCAUCCUGCAAAUCAAAGUUACUGAACCCUGCACCUAUAGCUCUGUACCUGAUGCCAGCCAGAACUGUUUGCUGUACAAGUUUUUGUCUCUGGACUCCUUCCCCUCCAUCUCUGGCAACGAUGCCAGCUGCCGCAAUGACAACCACUUACCGCGGCCCUGCCCAACGGAGAAGGUCACCCCGAGCCAUCCUGACAUGGCCGUCUGCAGCGGACAUGAUAUCAGCAUUGAGCUUCGGGAGCGUCUGUCAUCUCCAGGUGACUACGUUCUGGUGGUCGAGUAUUCCAGUGAAGAAGAAUUGCCUCAGACUCUGUCUGUGGUUGUCAGCGUGCCGGGCGUACGAACACACCGGUCUCGUAUCACUCUUCUGCACUGCAAAUACAGCUUCCUGUGUCGAUCGGUGGCCACCGAUGAGCAGAACAGAGUGGCCGUUUUCUCCCUGCCUGCAGACACUGAGAUCCAGCUCAUCUCGGACCGAGCCAGCUUCUUCCUGCACAAAGUGUACCUGGUGCCUAAAGACCAGUUUACCAUGGAGUAUGUUGAACCUAAGGUCCACUGUAUCAGCACUCAUGGACAUUUCUCACCUGACAGUUCCUCCUGUGUGCCGUCGCGCUUCCAGAUCCCAUUGGACUCUCUGGUCCUGAAGGAGGGCCAGAGCUCCUCCACCGAGGAGGAGCCCAUCCAGGCGUCUCCUGCAGCAGCUCCUCCUCUCUUCUACCAGAGCGAUGAGCCGGUCUGGAUGAGAGGAGCCAGACCUCCUUUUGGAGCCGAUAACAACGACCACAUAAGACUCGAUUCGCUGCAGAAUGCAGUGGUAUACUCGACCCGCAUUCAAUCCCUCGGGCGCUACGUCUUCAUCCUCCAUUAUCAUCAGCCUCAUCACCCCACAUACCCCAUGCAGGUCUACAUUAAUGGAGGACGGAUCUGGCAGGGCCACACCAACGCCUCCUUCUGUCCUCAUGCUUAUGGCUGCCGUAACGUGCUGGUCUCUGAGAAUCAGAUCAUUCUGGAUGUGACGGAUCACGACGUCUUCCUCACAGUGCAGAUUCCUCCUGGGAAGACGCUGUGGCUGGACUAUGUCCUUAUUGUUCCUGAGGCGAGCUACAGCUCCAGCUACCUGAACGAGGAACCUCUGGAUAAAUCAUACGACUUCAUCAGCAGCUGCGGCCAAAACAGCUUUUACAUCGAUCCCUCUGCUGCCACCCCGUUCUGCCUCGGCUCUGCCGUGUCUCUGUCGGCCUUCUUCAACAACGGGGCGAUGCCCUGCGCCUGCCAUGAGGUGGGAGCUGAGAGCGACACCUGCGAGCAGUUUGGCGGUCAGUGUCGGUGCAGGCCAAACGUGAUUGGACGAGACUGCUCCAUGUGCGCGACGGGCUACUGGGGAUUCCCCAACUGCAGACCCUGUAACUGUGGUGGGACGAGGUUAUGUGAGCCGGUGUCUGGGGACUGCAUCUGUCCUCCGAGGACUGUCCACCCAGAGUGCAUCCAGUGUGAGCCUCAGACCUUCGCCUGCCACCCAGUGGUGGGCUGCGAGGUCUGUAACUGCUCUCAGCCCGGCAUCAUCUCUGAUGUGAGCUGCGACACGCUCAGUGGACAGUGCAGAUGUAAAGAAAACAUUAUUGGCCGCCAAUGUGACCGCUGCGUCCCUGGUUUCUAUGGUUACCCCAACUGCAGGCCAUGUGACUGUAAUGAGGCAGGAACUGAAGAGCAAGUGUGUGACUCCUUCACAGGACAGUGUCUCUGCAAGGAGAACGUCCAGGGCAUCCGAUGCGAUCAGUGCAGAGUUGGUACUUUUCAUUUGGACCCGACCAACCCUAAAGGCUGCACCAGCUGCUUCUGUUUUGGAGCCACCGACCAGUGCCAGAGCUCUAACAAAAGACGCAUAGAGAUCAUGGACAUGGAAGGGUGGGUGCUACUCGGGGCAGACAGACAGGAAGUACCAGUGACCGUGUAUCCGGGUCAGGACCUUGUAGAGGCAGACCUCAGUGAUGUGCCUGAUGUGUACCAGGACCUCCACUGGCAUGCUCCUAAGACUUACCUAGGAGACAAGGUCUCGUCUUAUGGAGGUUAUCUGAGAUAUCGUCUUCAGACUCAAACCAUGAGAGGAGAUUCGCUGACUCUUCCUGCAGAAGCUUCCAGACCUGACAUCAUCCUGAAGGGUAACCAGAUGACCCUGGUGUUCAUGGAGAAAGAAUAUUCCUCACCUGAAGAGCCUCACCUGGGAAUCAUUCACCUAGUUGAGGGAGGUUUCCGUCACGCUCAGACCGGAAACUCUGUGUCCCGGGAAGAGCUCAUGAUGGUUCUGGUCAGUCUGGAGUCUCUGCAGAUCCGAGCCCUCCACUCCCAGUCGGCCCACUCCGUGUCGCUACGCGACGCCGUGCUGGAGGGGGCGGAGAACCUGCUCAGUGGACGCCAUGCAAACAGCGUGGAAAUCUGCAUGUGUCCCGCCAGGUACCUCGGAGACUCGUGUCAGAAAUGUGCUCCAGGUUACUACAGAGACACAGUCGGCCUGUUUCUGGGGAAAUGUGUCCCCUGCAACUGUAACGGACACUCCGACCAGUGUCUGGAUGGAUCUGGAAUCUGUGUGAAAUGCCAACACAACACUGCUGGUGACCACUGCGAGCAGUGCAGAGGAGGUUUCCUCGGCAACAACAGCCUUGAUGGACAAGCUGUGUCCUGCUUCAGUUGUCCCUGCCCACUGAGAGUCCUGUCCAAUAAUUUUGCAGAGGGAUGUGUACAGAGGAGUUCUGGGAUGCAGUGUCUAUGCAUGCACGGUUACGCUGGACCACACUGCGAAAGGUGUGCCCCUGGUUUCUAUGGCAACCCCAUGGUUCUUGGGAGCAGAUGCCAGCCGUGCCAUUGCCAUGGCAACACUGACCCGAACAUGCUGUUCACGGAUUGUGACUCACUGACUGGACAGUGUCUCAGCUGCAUGCACAACACUGCGGGACAUCAGUGUGAAAUCUGCGCUCCUGGUUACUAUGGAGACGCCAUCCGUGCCAAAAACUGCACCAAAUGCGACUGUUCUCCGUGUGGAACCGAGUCAUGUGACCCUCGUACUGGACAGUGUCGCUGUAAACCAGGAGUGACUGGACCACACUGUGACCGCUGUGAGGUUGGCUCAUUUGGCUUUGAGUCGUGUUCUGGCUGCCAUCGGUGCAACUGUGAUGCCUCGGCGGCUCUCGUCCAGCCAUGUGAUCCACAGAGCGGUCAGUGUUCCUGUCAGCCUGGAGUCAACGGGCCCAGCUGUAGACAGUGUGCUCCUGGAUACUGGGACUACGGCCCAUACGGAUGCAGGAAGUGUGAUUGUAGAGGGGGCCCUUGUGACCCUCGGACAGGAGACUGCCACUGUCCUGAUGGGAUGACCGGUAGACAGUGUGACAGCUGCUCACAUAGGUACGACGUACCUGUAGACAACCAGCUUGGCAUGCACUGUGAACCUUGCGACAGCUGCGUCAUCGUCCUAUUGGAGGAUCUGGAGAAGAUGAACGACGACUUCAGCUCAGUAGCCGAUCAGCUGAGGAACCUGAACGCCAGCUCCAUGGCCUGGGCUCAGCUUAACAACCUUAACAAGACCGUGGAGGAUAUUUCUCGUGCCGUAGAGAACUACAACAGCACGCUGGAUAAAAGCAGCAUUCGGGCCGACAUGCUGGACGACGAGAUUGUAAAUCUUGAUGAUGAUAUCGAUAAACUGCAGAAAAAGGUGGGGGAGAUGGUUGAGCGGGUCGGUGGCCUGAGUGACAGCACCACUAACACACACCAGAGGGCCGAAGAUCUGCUGUCCUUCAUCAACAAUAUCAGCAUGGAGAUAAACGCCAUCAUGCUGAUGUCAAACCAGUCCUUGAACGACACCGACGGAGAGCAGGACACGGAAGAAAAGGAGAGUAAGAUGAGGGAGGUGCAGGCCAUGCUGAGGGAGAUGAGGUACAGGAGCUGCGUGGGACAGAAGAAACUGGCCGACAAGGAGAAAACGGAGGCAGAGAAAUUGUUGGAUCGUGUGAACCAGGAGUUUGCAGGUCGUCAGGAGGAAAACAGCAACUUGGUCAAGGCCAUCAGAGAACGUCUGGCCCGCUUCCACUCUGACAUGAUGGACCUCCGAGACGCCCUGAACGAGGCUGUGAACCACACCGCCAGAGCGACAGAGCUCAACAACGCCAACGCGAAAACCCUGGAGGAGAACAAAAGGAGGAUUGAAGAUUUGGUGUUGAAGCAGAAGGAGGUGAACGACCAGCUGAGCAUGGCUGAGGAUGACGUGGCUCAGGUCAACGAUGUGCUCUCCAUGCUGCAGGAAUCCAAAGAGGAUUAUGAGCGUUUAGCGGCCCAACUGGACGGAGCCAGGUUACCUUUGGCCAAGAAGGUGGAAACUUUUGCUUCAACUGAGUCUAAGAUCCCGCUGGUGGAGGAAGCAGAAAGACAUGCAGAUCUGCUGGAAACUUUAGCCAAGAACUUAUCCAGUUUGAUUGCAGAGACCAAGAAGAAUGGAAUUGUAGAUGUAACGAAAGCUUACAACAAUGUUCUCAACAACAUAAAGGAAGCAGAGGAGGCGGCUAAGAUGGCUGAGAAAGCUGCCAAUGACACAUUAGAGAAUAUUAAGGGCCAGGAUCUUGGUCAGGCUGCUAAUUCUCUAAAGAACCACAGUGUGGAAUUGUAUGAUGAAGCAGAAAAGCUUAACGAUGACCUGAACAAUCUGAAGCCCCAGCUGGAAGAUGCUCAGAAGCGACUGGAUCAUGCCAAAACCAAAAAACUUCAAGUGAUGAAAGAUUUGGAAGAAGUUCAGAAAAACCUCAACUUGACUACAAAUGUGAGUCAGGAGAUUGAUGACGUAAAAUCCGAAGUUCUUCUAGCAAACGCCACUGCCACCAACAUCAACGACAACCUGAUUCCCAUUAAAGAGCAGCUGGACAAAUGGCAGCAGGUCUACGGGGACCUCAACAGUACCAGUGAUGACCUGAACGAUGCCCUGAUGGAUGCCAACAACACCGUUCACAAACUGGAUGAAGCUAUUCCCACUCUGAUGAAGAAGCUGGAUGAGCUGCAGAAUCACUCCGCCCAGAUGGCGAACAUCUCCGAGAACAUCAACCGCAUACGACAGCUGAUAAAGGAGGCGCGCAACGCCGCCAGCAAGGUGAGCGUUCCGGUGAAGUUCAAUGGGAAUUCUGGCGUUCAGGUCCGUACUCCUCCUAACCUGGCUGACCUGGCUGCCCGCCUCUCCUUCAAGUUCUACAUCUCUCUGCCAGGCGCAGCACGGGUCAAGCGGCAGGACAAACCUACCGAGCAGUUUGUCUUCUACCUCGGCAACAAGGAUUCCAGCAAGGAGUUUCUGGGCAUGACCCUGGAGGGAAAAAGACUGAAUUGGUAUUUUAAUGUUGGAGGAGAAACUGCUGCUGUUCAGACAGAAGAAGACCUCAAAUCUGAUGGAAGUUUUAACAACAUUGUGAUUGAGAGGGUCCUUCAGUAUGGUCAGUUGAUCCUCACUUAUGAACGUGAUGGGACCCUGAGAACCAUCAAAGCCGAAGUGGAAGCCACAGGUGACAAGGGGCUGCUCAACAUCUUACCCAGCGACACUGUCUUCUAUGUGGGAGGAUACCCAUCGUCUUUCAAACCGCCUCCUGCACUUGCGUUACCUAAUUUUAAGGGCUGUAUUGAGCUAGACUCGCUGAACGAGGACGUGCUCAGUCUCUAUAACUUUGAACAAACCUUCAACCUGGACACCAAAGUGGACAAACCAUGUGGCAGAUCCAAGCUGGAGUUGACUCAGUCUUCCAGCUGGGUGAACGACGCCGCUUACUUCGAUGGCACCGGCUUUGCUGAGAUCACUUUUAUGGAUAGUCCGGAACAAACGCUGCGAUUGGAGCAGGAAGUCAAACUCGUCUCCCAGAAUGGAAUCCUGCUGCUUCUGCAGAACGGGACUCAGUACCUGUGCAUGGCUGUGCAUCGAGGGAAACUCAAGGUUUAUCACAAUCUGGAAGGAAAACAGAGCGAGUUUGAUGUGAAAGAUUUGCAGAUUAGCGACGCAGAAGUCAAAGCUCUGGAGAUAAUCAUCCUGCGUAAAACGCCGAAACGCAUUGUGGUGAGGAGCAGUCGCAACGCCCUCUGCAACCAGGUGGUCGAUUACGAAAUCCCUGUUUUUGGCAGAAGCUACUAUCUGGGAGGAGUACCACCGAACAAGAUGCCGGUGGAGUUGAAAACCCUGUUCCCUAAGCAGGGCUCUGUAAAAGCCUGCUUCAGGAAUGUGAAGGUGUCCAAUACUCACAUCGACCUGAAGAGGAUGAAGAGCUCUGGAGUCAGUUUCGGCUGUAACAGCGACCUGCUGGUGGCCCGUGAGGCUCAUUUCAAUGGUCAGAACUACCUGGAGUUCAGCAAUUUAGGGAACAGCAGCCUCAGGAACAACUUCUACGCCAGCUUUGGCUUCAGAACUGAAAAGACAGAGGGACUCAUGUUCUACCACCAUGACCAGGAGGGAGUCUGUCAGGUGUUUCUGAAAGACGGGCACAUCAUGGUCAGAGCCGGCAACAAUGAGAUUAAGACACAGAAGACGUACAAUGACGACAACAGUCACUACGUUGCUAUAUACAACAACAUAACUGGGAUGCAUCUGUACGUGGACGAUGAGCUGGAGCAAAAGCUGAGCAGUCGAGUGAGCGGCAGGGCGGGCGUUAUCACCAUCCCAGGGGGAGGAAUGUUACUGGGCGGAACGCCGAACCAAGGACAAGCCAACUUCACUGGAUGUCUAAGAAAUAUUUUCAUCAGGAGGGAAGUCAAGGAGCCAGAUUAUCACACGGUUCUGAACCUGUUGAUGGCGCAAGAAAACGUGAAUGUUCCUCUGAAAUGUCCUGCAGCUAGUAGUCCUCAGAAGAUCAUCGCUGGCCCUCAGAAGCACCGAAGCAAACCAAAGGGUAAGCACAAGAAGCCUUCGGGAUCUCGCAAUCGUAACAACAGAGAGUCGUAUCAGGAAAAGCCAACACAGCCCGAGAGCAGAGCCGUGCACUUCAGCGGCUCCACAAACAGCUACCAGAGAUACGACCCUCUGCCCAGAUCGCCCAGCUCCAUGUCUCAUCUCUCGAUGGCAGUGAAGAUAAAGUCCCCCGAAGGUCUGGUGCUGUACGCAGCCGGCGGGCAGCAUGGCGGUUCCGUCAUGUCGCUCGGCGUCUCAGACGGACACCUGCUGCUCUUAGUAGACCGGGGAAAGAGGAAAGUCAGCCUGCGCAGCCGCAAGAAGUACGACGACGACCGCUGGCACACGGUCUUUAUAAAGCUUGAAGGGCAGAUCGGUCUGAUCAUUGAUGGAAUCGAUGCUCAGUCUAAGAAAAUCAGACUGUCGAUCACCGGGCCUUUAUAUAUCGGAGGAGUCCCACACUCAGUGAAGGUCCUGAGCUCUGGUGCUUUUAUCGGUUGUGUCAGGGAUCUGAAGUUGAAUGAAGCCCCUGUAGGAGACCCAGCUCAUAGCCAGGGGACGAUGCCCUGCUUUGAAGACCCUCUCCAGCCCGGAGCGUACUUCCCUGGACAGGGAGGACACAUCGCGAUAGAUGAGUCGUUGGUUCUGGGUCGGGAUCUAGAGAUCCAGCUGGAAGUUCGACCCGUCUCGGACUCUGGGCUGCUGUUGUAUGCUGGAAGGUCACCUGACCAGUACCUGAGCUUGGUUCUCAGGCAGCGAGAGGUGACUGUUUCAGUGAACACUGGAAAAGGUGAAUUCUCUACCUCCUUCUUACCGGAAGAACCUCUAAGUGACGGACUCUGGCACACGAUCAAAGUGGUGAAGAAAAACAACCUUCUGCAGCUGCAUGUGGACGGAGUCAGCGAGCACAGCGUCGGCCCAAAACAGAGACACGCUGCAGGGGAGAAAGUGACCCUUUACCUCGGAGGUGCACCCGGUGGUGCCAAAGUUUCCAGUCUGCCAGCGUUCCAAGGUUGCGUCCGCCGAGCAACCAUCAACCAGAGACCCGCCAUGUUGUCCAAACCACUCUCUGUCCACGGGGCCGUGGGGACACAAGGCUGUCCACACAUGUAAACACCAACACUGUCUUAUCCUCACAUUCCCAAACUGUAAACGUACUGGUGGUGGGUGUUAUGUAACUCUAGCUAUUUUAAAAAUAUAUAUAUUAAUAUUUAUUAUUUUUGGGUUUCUGUUGUUUUUUUGGGGGGGGGAGAAAGUUUAUAUUUUCACAUCUAUCAUCACUAUAUUUCACUUGUGCUACAUCGGUGACAGCUGUCUGCACAUAGAGAUGCACUGAUACAAGUUGUUAGACAGCUUUGUAAACCUGAAUCGGAUCUAAAAUGUGUAGCGCAGCUCCAGUUUUCUAGAUUUUCUUUUUAAAAAAAGUUCCUGAAUCUGCAAUAUAUUCAAGUAAAAGAUGAAUAGGGCUGUGUGCCAUCACCUGCAGCUCAGAAUGAUAAAUAUUUCUACUGAGUCGAACACUGUGAUGCAGAACCAACGUCUACAGGCGGCAGAGACUAGAGACACCUGGGACAAGGACGUUUGGGAAUAUUUGGUUUUAUAAAUGCAAAGAAAUAUAGAAAGGAAAGGGGAUGAGAGCUGGAAGUAGACUGUUCCCAGUCUUAUUUAAUCUUCGGCUACGUUCACGCCGCAGGUCGUAUGCUUAAUCCUGAUUGGUUUUUUUUAACCAUGUUUUUAUGUUAGGGGGAUUCUUAAAGAUAAAAAUCUGUGUAUUCACAAAUUUUAGCACAUUUAAAAAUAAUAAAAUAUAUACAAGUGUCACCCAGCUCAUUAACUGUCAUCAUGUAAUUUCAGGCAUUUAAAGGGUUAAAUUCAUUUUAAUGAUUACAUAUUAUAUAUCAUUUACAUAACGUUAACUGAUAAAUUUGUGUAAAAAAUGGAUUAGAAUAUAACCCUGCCAUGUUUUUAUUUCACCUAAAAGGGUAAUAAACUGAAGGAACCUUGUGGGUUUUUUUUGUUUUUUUUAAUGUCUUUUUACCUUAAUUUUCAGCCACUAUUUUAGUUGUUGCCCCAUAACAGAAGAUUUUUCUUUAAAAUUCUAAUUCAUUAUUUUUUUUCUUUGAGGUCAACAGAACAAAUUUAUUACCCUUUCAGAUUAUUAGAGGAAAAAAAUUCUCUCCCUUGAAUUUUUUUCCACUUUUGCUCAAAUCACUCCAAAAUAAAAAAUACUUAAUAUGCAUUUAAAUUAUUUUAACCCUUAAAAUGUCUGAUCGCAUGUGAGAAAAAGCAUAAAAUGAGUUCAUUUCCAUAUAAUACAUUAUUUAAAGUAAAAAAUCUAUAUUUUUACCAAUUUUAGUACUUAGACGGAUUAAAAUAAAUUCCCCAGCCACCACACAUUUUACAUAAAAGUAAUUGCUCUCUAAAUGGUUUAAAUAAUUUGAAUAAUUACAUAUUUGGUAGUUUUUAUUUGGUGUGAAGCUCCCUGAAAUAUUAGAGAAAAAAAAUAACCUUUAAUGGUUUUUUUAGGUUUUGGGGAGAUUAUUUUUUGUCCACUAAUGACCAGAAAGGUUUGUAAAUCAAGUGACCCACAAGGGUAAAUAUCAUCUCACUUGUUUUUAUUCUUGGUGAAAUUAAGUUUUUUCUUUGGAAAACAUAUUUUAAAAAAAUGAUCUAAAACUUUUGAGAAGUGGCGGAGUCUGCAUCGUUCAGACUACCAUAAAAAAAAUAUUAGGGUCACAUAUAAAAGGAAGAAAGUUUGAUUAGGAUCACUUCUCCUGCAGUGUGAACGUAGCUUUUUUCUUUUAACUGGGCUGUGAUAGCUGCCAGAUGUAGCUGAUCCCCCUUUAAUAACCUCAUCUGGUUUAAACUAAAAAACAGAGAAAUUUAACUUGGGUUAAGGAGUUACAAUCAUCAGCCUUAGCACCAUCGGCUCUGCCAUUUUCCAGGUUUUCAUCCCUCCACAUCAGAAACGUCUCAUCCGUCUUGUGUCCGACUCUCAGGCAGCGUCUCUUCUUGCUUGCUCCGAAAUGUAAACAUGUACCAAACAAUGACGCUUGUGUAUAUAAUAAUUUUUAUAAAUAUCUCAAACAAUAAGCUGUCCCUCCCACCCCUUCAUAUGUUUUAAAUAAAGUUUUCUUUUUCAAUAUAAA